AUGUCUACAAUCGGAUUUAUCGGACUGGGCAAUAUGGGUGCCCAUAUGGCACGAAAUCUGAUGAAGAAUGGACAUAAACUGAUAGUGUAUGACGUUAAUGAAACCGUCCUACCAUCUUUUAAAGCCGAAGGGGCUGACGUUGCAAAGUGUCCCGCUGAUGUAGCAGCCGCGGUUAAGGACAUCAUUACUAUGCUCCCAAGCAGUCCUCACGUUAGGAAGGUCUAUGGCGGGCAUGAUGGUAUACUAAAAUCUAUACAACCACGAAGUCUUUGUAUAGACUCUUCAACCAUUGAUCAAAGUGUCUCCAUCGAAGUAGCGGAAUGGUGCAAGGGCAAGCAGUGCACAUACGUUGAUGCUCCUGUUUCAGGAGGUGUAACAGGUGCUCAAAAUGCAACACUUACUUUUAUGGUAGGAAGUGGAAAGUGCCAAGAGACAUUUGAUCGUGCGGCUGCAAUUAUGAAGUUAAUGGGCAAGAAUGUGGUUAACUGUGGAAAAGUUGGUACAGGGCAAGCAGCCAAGAUCUGUAACAACAUGCUAUUGGGAAUUCAGAUGGUUGGUGUUUCCGAAACUAUGAAUCUUGGAAUUAAAAUGGGCUUGGAUCCGAAAGUUUUGGCUGGUAUUAUAAAUACGUCUUCUGGUCGCUGUUGGUCGUCUGAUACGUACAAUCCAGUUCCUGGAGUGAUUGAAGGAAUCCCAUCCAGUAAUGGGUACCAAGGUGGUUUCGGAUGCACUCUUAUGGCAAAGAACAAAAUUUUCAGUCAGCAGCCAAAACAACACUUUAAAUGUUCAAAGAUCUUCAUGGACGAUGAAUGA